UGCAUUUCAGCUGCAAAAUUAAAACACAUCGAAAUAAGAAUAACUUGUUUGAUUUAAAGAAACUACGCAGUAAUUUACAAAUUAUACAGCUGAUGACUAGGAAUUGAAUCAUCAGCUGUCUCUUACCAUCGACCGUAUUUAUUUGCUUAGGGUGGAACAGAGAUCCAUCAUGACGUCGUUAGCUCUUCAGCUCCAAAAGCUUUCUGUGCCUCAUACCCAGGCCAUCCUUGGUGAAGAUAAGAAAAGACCGUCUCUACUGUUUGACCCAAAGGAAGCAGCCAACUUGGACAAAGAGACUGUCUAUGGAAUAGGCUUGAAUGGUUUGGAGGAGCUUGAAAAUCUCGAUGAAACUUUCCAAGAGUUUGAGGAAACAUUAUUUAGCGAGACUGCUCAGGACUUUGAGAGGUCAACACAAACAAAAGAGGUUAACCAGAAAUUGAACAAAACCAUCUCCCAGUUUCUGAUUAAGUUGUCACCAUACUUCCUAUUGAAACCAGCUCAUAAAGUCAUAGAAUGGCUUGUCUAUAGGUAUCACAUUCAUUUCUACAAUAUUGAUGAUCUGCUAAUGUGUAUCUUGCCCUACCAUGAAACAAAGAUAUUUGUUCGGGCCGUUCAGCUUCUCAAACUUGAUGAUUCGACCAAUAGAUGGCACUGGCUGCAACCUAUUCAGAAACCAGGUGUCCCACUCCCAAGGACGACGGUUAUGACUCACUGUAACAAAGAUCCCAGUUUCCUCAACUUUGUAUGUGAUAUGGUUCAUAAGUUUCUAAAGGUGCAUGGAACGAAACAGUCAGUGAAUUCACCCCUCCGUGUCCUCUUCAGUUUCUUUACCACGACGCUGAUUGGAGCUCUAAACCAGGGCAUCAUCAAGGAUGCCAUGAUAGCUCAACUUCUGCCAGUCAUCGUCAAUGGACUCAAGUCAAAGAGUGUCGAGUACAAAGUGGCAGUAUACAUGAUUCUCUCCCUAUUGGCCAGCAAAGCAAGAAUCAAAAGUUCAUUUUUUGACAGCUUGUUGCCCAUAAUGUCCAAGCACAUCCCAGUCACUCUGGUACAAGAGGCGCUAACCUGCCUGUUGGUUAUCUACCAGUAUCAGAAUCUUUCAAGGAUACCUAAAAGAAUGUUUAAGUACCUCUGCAAGCUGCCAGGUGUCAUCGACGUGAUUGCAAGGCUCUCUCAGUCAUUCCUUGUCACUCCGUUCCUCCAACCUUUCCUGAAGCUGCUGAUCUCUGAAGCCCUGAAUGACUCCACUGAUGAGGAGGAUCCAUCACCGGAUGAGGUUCCUUAUGCUGCUCUUCUCGAGAGACUUCUGAUGGAAUGUGAUCUCGAUGAAAAACUGAAGGGAUUGAUAGCAAAGUCAUUGUUAGAAAACUUCAUGUCACUGAAAACCGGUGAAACAACUUCUGAAGAUGUUGACUUGGGAGUUUACACAAGACGACUGAAACAUUUCAUUGGAGUAGUUGAGAAGCGCCAUCCAGUGGCCAUGGAUGUAACAAUUGAAGAACAAAUGAAGCAAAAGCCAAGCAAGGUGGAGCAAGGCUACCUACAAGAGUUUGUGGCCCUGUCGGUGUCUACUGCCAAGCAUAGCAUUAUGCCCAAGUCACAGACAAGCCUCAUGUUGGGUCUGAACCAUCCGAAAUGGAACAUAAGAUUGCUGGCCGUCCAGCAGCUGAUGCAACUAGCAAAUGAAAGUGAGGAGGAGGCAGAUGAGUUCCUGAAGGAUUCCUUGAUGACCAGACUACAAGAUGACGACCCACGGGUGGUGAAGUCUCUGCUUGAGGCUGGAGAGGAUCUGCAGCGAGUGCUUGGAGCUGAUAGUAUGUAUGAAUCCACCGUCAAGAUCAUGAGGAACCAUUUUGGCAAGCCAACCUGGACAACGGUGAUAAAGUUGUGUGUGGGUCACCUGACAGGUCUCAAUUCAAGCGACCUUGAACCCCAGAUCACAACCCUCCUUCUGCCCUACAUCAUGGUGACCUCUUGCAAGGUCGAACACAUUGACCUUGUGCGUGGCAUUUUCAAAUCAAACCAUGCCAAGAAAUCGAAGAUUCUGUCGGCAGCUGCUGCUCAGUGGAUUAAAUUGGCAGGAAAAGAGGUGGAAGACGGCAACAAAAGAGAGUUUUGGAUUGGAUUCCAAAAUUUAAGUGUAGUGCUGAAGAUGGCUGGUGCCCUUGCAGAGCAGACAGAACAAAGGGAACAUCUGAUGCCACUGUUGCUGUCAGAAUGCCUGACCCCAGGUCCUCUUCAGUUGGUCUACACCUUCAUCACCCUGAAUCUAAUGGCAGAAAUGAUGGAGAAGUUGGAAUCAAAUCAUGCGAGAAUUCAGUGUGGAAUCAAGUGUCUUGAAAUCAUCGAGGGGAACAAUAAGCUCUUCAAACCUCAAAAAGGGGCUAAUUUAAGGGAUCCUGUAUCACCAGCAUCAUUCAGAAAAUGUCUCAGUGCCAUCACAAGUUCCAGUUGCAUUCCCCUCAAUGCUGUAAUUUGUGUCCUUGAGAAAGUCAUCUCAGCUAUUCAAUUGCCAUCAAAGCUUGUGCAGCAAAACUGGUGGAAGAUCACAUCGGAAGAUGAUGAGGAAAACCUCUUCCUGAAAUUCACACUGAAAUGCUUUGAUCUUCUGACAUCAUUCAUGGACAACCAGGACGUGAAAUACACAGAACUCUACAAGAUUGCAUUUGAACAUCUCUUCAAAACAUAUUUCAAGAGCAAACCAUUGCUGUUCAAGUUACUGUCAAUCCCAUUGACCAGCUCUGCGAUGAUAAGAGAGGAGACUGCGAUGCCAAUUAGUGUUAUCCUACAAGCCAGGGCGCUGCAUGUAGCCAUUCCAUGCCUUGCCGCUGCCACCAAGAAGGAGUUAGUUGAACUGCUAGCUGCGGACUCAGUGGUAAUCCCCAGCCUGCUUGUAGCCUUGACCAGCCCACACCAUCCCAUCAGACUAGCAGCCACACACUGCUUAAAAGAUUGUAUGAAUAUUCAUGACAUUGAUCCUGCCCUUGAUACCUCAUUGGCUCAUCUCGUUCACCAACUGACCAAUAGGAAAGAAGAACUGGAAGCAGAUGGGAGCUAUCUCCCACAGGCAUUGUAUGUAAUCCUGUCAAAAGCAUUCAAGACAAUCAAGGCAGAAAAACUCACUCCAAAGAAACUAAAAAGGAAGGAAAAGGCUCAAGAAAUUGCACAGAACUGUUUGGAGAGCUUGAUUGGUGCAGUCGUGAAGUUGGAUUGUCCUUGUUACAUUCAGGAUAGCCUCCUGGCAAGCCUCUCUCAGAUCUCAUCACCUCGUCUGCUUGAAACACUGCUGCCCCUGCUGAAGCAUCUCCUUGACAGGUGCACUGAUCCUGGUGGCCUGAACCAGUCCGAGACCAAAUGCGUCCAUUAUUUGAUGCAGAGAUUCACAGAGACUACAACGGAGCUGUUCCAGUCGAAUCUUGGUGUGAAGGAGGCGUUUUACCGUGCCUUGCAUACCAGCGUAGGCCAUCAUGUGGAGUACAUGUCUGUGCAGGGUGUGAUGCUGCAGCAGAUCUCUAAGGACUUCUUCACAUCUCUUCCGACCACAGACUUACAGCAACAGUUGAUUUCUGAGUUGAUUGACCUUUGGGUAGAUACCAAGGAUGCCAAGACCGCCUCCAAUAUCUCGAAGGUCCUCAAAGCAUUGCCCUUGACUGCUGACCAGAUUGUGACUGAGUUGAAUAAGGUGAAAAAUACAACUAAAGCUGCUACAGUGAGAGAAGUCAAGAGAAUUAGAAGGACCUCUAAGCCAGAUAUCGAGCCUGUGAUAUCAGCUGUUGAUACGCGACCUUGGCAGCGAGUGACCUUGACAUUGGAGAUGCUCCAGGCCAAGAGGAAGGUGCAGGACAUGAUCAAACUUGUGCCGAUCAUCUUCGAUAUCACACGACGCUGCCUCGAUCUCGAUGAUCAUAACGCCUCCGAAUAUCUCAAACAGCUUCUUCUGUCAUGCAUCCUGAAUAUCUGUGCAAAGGUUGAAGGGGAUCAAGAACAAUUGCAAGAUUUGAAGAGCAGCAACCAUUUCAAGGUUGAUCUGAUUGUUCAGUGCAUCCGUACGUCAGAGAAUCCACAGACUCAUCACCAUGCUCUCAUGUUACUCACAAUGGCAGCAAAACUGUUCCCGGAUCUUGUACUCCACAACAUCAUGUCUGUUUUCACAUUCAUGGGAGCAAACAUUAUGAGACAGGAUGAUAGUUACAGCUUCCAAGUGAUAUCAAAGACGGUUGAAACUGUUAUACCAGCCCUAAUAGCGGCCCAUACUGCAUCAAAGGACAAGGGCAAGUUAGACACCGUCGUAGCGUCAGUGAUCCAAGUGUUUGUUGAUGCAUACCCUCACAUACCUGAACACAGACGAUUGCCGAUCUUGAGUAAGCUUGUGUCGACAUUAGGUGGCGCUACCUUCCUCUGGACGACCCUGCUCCUUCUCUUGGAUGGCUAUGUCAUGACAGAGGCCACGAAGCCGCAGGACGAGCAGGACACAAAGGCGUCAAACUACGUCCAUCCAAUGGUGACGUUUUGUCUUGACCUGAGUAACCAGUUUGAACCUGAUGUGCAGAUGAUUACUGCCAAAAUGUUCAUGCAGUUUUUGGUAAAGUUGCCUGAAAAAGAAAAGGAUGCACCAGUGAAGAUGCGUGAAGUUUCACGAAGAGUAAAGAAACAAUCUGGUGAAUCGGCAAGUCUGAUCAGCGUGGAUCAGCACACUGCUAAACAGUUGAGAUAUUUCCGCUACACAGUCACUGCUUUCAUCGUACAGAUCCUCUCAGACAAACGCUUCAUUUCCAAGGUUGUUAGCUUAGACGAUCGCGCCUCCUCUGCCAUGGUACCUCACUACCAGCUACUCCUCGAGGAGAACCUCCGCUAUAUCAACCACAUAGCCAAAUUGACCGGUCAAAACUCUGAUCAGCCGAGUGGAAAAUUCUGGAGAAUAGUACUGACCAAAGCUUAUGAGAUUCUCGACAAGGUGAACUCGCUGCUACCCAGCAAUGUCUUUGUGAGCGUGGUGUCUGGGCUGAUGAAAAAUGAGAUGCCCAUCGUUCGACGCAAAGCCAUGGAGCUCCUCAACAACAAGCUACAGCACAGCAAGGACAAAAUCGAGGACGAGGAGGUGCCGCUUUUCCUUGGUCUUGUUGGCCAGCUGUUGAGUGUUGUCAAGGCAUCUGGACCUGGGUCAGACACUGAGGACGAGGUGGCCAUCAAUAAACAAACUGCCUUGUUCAGUCUGAAAGUUCUAUGUAGGAUCUUUGGAACAGCACACCCGCAGACAUUCAAACCAAUCUUGCCUGUACUGACUGAACUGUUUGCUCAGCCUGCUGCCAAUCCGCAAGUGAUGGCCAGUGGUCUGUUGUGCCUUGCUGAGCUCUGUCAGAACUUGAGAGCUCAUGCCAUCCCCUCACUGCCACUGUUUAUGCCCAGGCUCAUCCAUGUACUCAAGAAUGAGAAGAAACUAGCAAGCAAUGACCUUCUUCUCGUCAGUUCCGUAACAGUUGUCCAUAAAGUUGUCGAGAGCCUGUCUCACUUCCUCAGUCCCUACGUUCUUGACAUAAUGACCAAAGUUGUCCAGUUAUCCAGCGAUCUGCCCGAUGAUGAGGCCACACAGAAGACACAACUCUACAUAAGACUCAAGGCUGUCCGAGUGAAUCUGGCCACCAAGCUGCCUUCAAGAGUUCUCUUGCCUACUGUAGCUAAAUGUUAUGAUGUCAUUUCUGCUGAAAAUAAGUUGUGUCUUGGACCGUUGAUGGGCAUCUUAACAGAUCACAUCUCAGACAUCAGCCGUGACAACCUAGCCAGUCAUCACAAUCAAAUCUUGACCUUCUUCCUACAAGCAUUAGACUACAGGACCAAGCAUUCACAGCAAUCUCUUUCUGAUAUUGAAGCAAUGGAAGGUCAUGUGAUAAGUGCAGUGGUCUCCAUGGUGAUGCGACUCUCUGAAGCGACGUUUAGGCCGAUGUUCUUCAAGUUGUUCGAUUGGGCUAUACGUGAUGACAGUCACAAAGAGCGACUUCUAGUUUUCUACCGCCUUGCAAAUGGCAUUGCAGAUAAAUUGAAGACCUUGUUCACACUCUUUGCUGGGCACAUCGUGAAGAAUGCAGCCAACCUCAUGGAUGAGAACAAGCCCAGUAAAUCAAAAGUUGGAACAUUCGGCGCUUCCGAAGAUGGUGUCACCAAAUCAUGCCAGUUGCUCAAGUUUAUCUUUGGUGUCCUACACAAGUGUUUCUUGUAUGAUAAUGAAGGGUUCCUGAACAAGGAGAGAUUUGAUACACUGUUGCAACCUCUGGUGGACCAGGUUGAAAAUCAGCUUGGUUCUGAGAGUGAAUACGAACUACGUAUCAAUGACCACCUUGUUCCUUGCAUUGGUCAGUUUGCUCUGGCCUCGGGAGAUGACUCCGCCUGGAAACCUCUCAACUACCAGAUUUGUCUCAAGACCAGACACUCAUCACCCAAGGUGAGAUUUGCUGCCUUGAAAUUGGUGGAGGAAUUGAGCAAGAAGCUUGGAGAUGAUUAUAUGGUCUUGCUACCAGAAACCAUACAGUUCUUGGCUGAACUACUUGAAGAUGAUUCCUAUGAAGUAGAACAGCAGUGUCAAGAGGUCAUCAGUCAUCUAGAGAAAGUCAUUGGAGAACCAUUACAGAAAUAUUUCUAAGUUGAUAAAAAGUGUUAAAUUUGAACUUUAUUUAUGCGCUAUGUAUUAUGUCAUGUGCUGCAUGAACAUAUUUAGUAAACCAAGGUAGUAAAGCAACAAAUUUGUUGCGAGGAAGAGCUAAGGUCUGUGCUAUUAAUCAUGCUCAAACAAGAGAAUGAUUGACUGUUCAAAAACGAUAGAAAGAACUGGGUUCUUGACUUGUAAUCAUAGCUUCAUGUUUUUAUGGAAUAAAUGAUUGA